AUGAAGUCGAAAGUGUUGAAUUCCACAGCAGUUCCAAAGGUCGCUGAACUGGAAUUUCGAUAUCAAGGGAACAAAAAACAGUAUGAACCAAAUAAGAACGUCCUUGAGCAUGUAGAUCAAAUACUCGCAAGUCAUGAUAUGGGGGAAAUAUCCGCAGAAUUAUCCCACGGUAAGAGAAUUCUUGAGGAACAGAAUAAACAUAUUUUGCUAGAGGAAAAAUAUGGGUGGGACACAGUUCAUUGUUACACAGCCGAGCCCCUCACUAGUGACUCAGAGGAUGAAAAACGAAUCAAACGGGCUCUAAAAAAAACGAGAAAGCAGCCGAAGUGGCAUGGUUCAAACCAAAGAUGCAAAUAUGCGCUCCGGAAAGGCACAGUUUUGGAGGCGACAUAA